GUUACUCUUCUGAAAUAACUGACCACUUACAGGCAGUGUCUGUAGGUGCUACAACAAGUUAAACUAAAAAAACAAAAACCAAGAGAGAAAGAAAAAACAUUUUUGAAAACAAAAAUUUAAAUCAAAAGCGAAUGUUGAGUGCGAGCGGGGGAAAAAAAGUGUGAUUUGUUUACGAGAUAAUCACGAAGAUUCGUCCAUACAUUGAUUCAGUAUUGGUUGUCACCACAUCAAUAGAGGUACAGCGUGGAAUUGUUGCUUCCCGUAGCAUUCAAUAUCCGCAUUCAGAGCGAUAUACGACAGCUGGAUCACACUGGUAAACUCUCGCCGUGUCUGUGUUUUCAGCUUUUUAUUUAUUUAUUUAUUUCUCUCUCUAUCUCUCUAUCUAUCUAUCUCUGUUCUGAAAAUCGUUUCUGGUAUACCAACGUAAUGACAGAGCGUUGAUUAAUUCCCCUGUCGUGUAUCACGCAUGCUGGAUCGGAGCUGAAGAUUUGUUUGCCGACCGUGGAUGAUAAUAGUGGUCUCGGUUUUUUUCUCCUGGUGAUUUUUUUUUUUUCAUUUCAUGGGAUACGCGAGGAACACGUUCGAUUCUUUUUGAAAGAUCACCAGCUCUGUGGAAGCAAGUGUCGGGAAGCAGGCUAAUGUCGCGCGUACACAUUAGAAAUCGUAUUCAAUGGCGGUGUCGCUUCGACUGCAUUAUCGUCAACCCUGAACGCAACGUGCUGGCGGAAAGCCCGCGAGACAACGGAUUAGCCGAACAUCUUUGGCAGAUGUGACGAUGCCGACCUACUACAGCCAGCAGAAUCAAAACGAGGAAGCAUUAACGUUGUUGGAGUUCUUAUAUUCUUCAGUCCUUGUGAUUAAUGGUUCUAACACUUAAUUCCUGCUCCCGUGUGUACCACUAACCGAUAAAUCUGGAUAUCUCCCGCACUCUGUGACAUGGAAAAGAAUAGCCCCGAUGUCUUCGUGUCGGAAGCCAUCUUGCCAAAGGGAGAUCUGCGCGGAUUUCUUAAGCGGGGCAAAUCGAGCGUGUCAGGAAAUGGCUACCCGUCUCUGUUGCCGGACCGACUGCAGGUGGAGUACCCGGCGUCGACAAGUCACUCGGUCGACUGCAAGAGUCUGCAGCAGGCACUGCAGUCAGCGGAAACCAAGACGUACCCUCAGUUGUACGCGGGAAAGACUUCGGCCCAGGCGCGGAUCUACAACUUCCUGGAGAGACCAACCGGGUGGAAGUGUUUUAUAUAUCACUUUACAGUAUUCAUGAUGGUGCUUGUCUGUCUCAUCUUCAGUGUCUUAUCAACAAUUGACCAAUAUACAUCAUUUGCAAAUGAAACUUUAUUUUGGAUGGAAAUAUUUCUAGUGAUAUUUUUUGGUGUUGAAUACGUGGUACGGCUGUGGUCAGCUGGGUGUCGAAGUAAAUAUAUGGGUUUAGGAGGACGAAUUAAAUUUGCAUCAAAACCAAUUUCAAUAAUAGAUUUUAUUGUAGUUGUUGCAUCAUGCGUCGUUUUCAGCAUAGGCUCUGAAGGCCAAGUUUUUGCUACCUCUGCCAUUAGGGGUGUGAGAUUUUUACAAAUAUUGCGAAUGCUUCAUGUAGAUAGACAAGGAGGAACUUGGAGACUUUUAGGAUCUGUCAUAUAUCUUCACAGACAGGAACUAAUAACAACACUGUAUAUAGGAUUUCUAGGCCUUAUAUUUUCAUCCUACUUCGUGUACCUAGCCGAGCGAGAGGAUGGGAGAAAAGAUUUUUCCAGCUAUGCAGACGCUCUCUGGUGGGGAGUAAUUACUGUGAUGACUAUUGGAUAUGGAGACAAAGUUCCACAAACAUGGAUGGGGAAAAUAGUUGCCUCCUGUUUUGCUGUUUUCGCAAUUUCAUUCUUUGCUCUUCCAGCAGGAAUCCUGGGUUCUGGGUUUGCUUUGAAGGUCCAACAGAAGCAAAGACAGAAGCACUUUAACCGGCAGAUUCCGGCGGCGGCUACACUCAUACAAUGUCUGUGGAGGUGCUACGCCUCAGAUCCAUCUUCCAAGUCGGAGGCCACGUGGAAGAUCCACGUGCACGACCCCGGGAACGAGGAGACGAUGUUCGCGCGGGUCGCGAGACGCGCCAGUCUUACUCUGCGUAAGCGCCGCAUGUCUCGUCUCGACUCGAACGCCACCAACGUCAACCCGCUCAGCCCCAUCAACCCUGCAGCUUUUCACCACCGAGACAGCUGCUCGUCCUUGGCCUUCACUGAUGAAAAAUUCGGUACUCAUCGCGGGAACCGCAAAGACAGUCACCGCCCUAGUAUAUGCGGUGGUAAUGGUGGUGGCAAUGAACAAUACGACGACACAGAUUUCGAUGUAGACGAUAACACAGAAAAAGUUGUCAAACUGACUGAGGCGCACAAAACAGCAAUUAGAGUUUUGAGAAAGAUAAAAUACUUCGUAGCUAGAAGAAAAUUCGAGCAAGCUCGUAAACCCUACGAUGUGCGCGACGUCAUAGAGCAGUAUUCUCAGGGACAUUUAAAUAUGAUGGUCAGGAUAAAAGAACUUCAGAGAAGGUUGGAUCAGACGUUGGGAAAACCUAACACACUUUACUCCAGUCAGAGUCGUGAUAAAGAAAAACUGACAGUCAGUGCACGGGUUGUUAGAAUGGAAAACGAGAUUUUAAGUCUUGACCAAAAAAUUGAUCAAGUAAUAUACCUUCUGAAUACUCUUUUGAAACAACGACAGGUCAAUGACAGUUCACAGGAAGAUCAAGUCUGAUGUGGAAACAGAUAUGUGUUUGUGACGUCUGCUAAACGACUCACAGACAACCACGUUUUGUGACGUCGACCCCAAAAUCACCUUAAGCAGCUUGCAGCACUACGUGUUUGUGAUAUUUAACACAAAACAGAUGUCAGACGACUGGUACAGCGCCUUUCUGUGAUGCCAACCCAAAACAGCUGGUCAACACAACUCACAAAAAACACUAUUUGUGAUGCCAGCCCAAAACAAUUGCUCAACACAGCAGCUCAUUGCUUGUAUGUCAACCAAAACUAGCUGCUCAACAUAAUAGCUCAUAAAACCAUUGUUUGUGAUGUCAACCCAAAACAGCUACUCAACAGUUCAUAAAACCACUGCGUUGUCAGACCAAAAAAGUUGCAUAAUAGCUCAUAAAAACCAUUGUUUGUGAUGUCAACACAACAGCUAAUAAAACACAAAACAGCUCAUAAAAUCACUAUUUGUGAUGUCAGUUCUAAACAGAUGUUAAAACAGCUCAUAAAACCACUAUUUGUGAUAUUAAUUCUAAACAGAUCAUAAACAGCUCGUAAAACCACUGUUUGUGAUAUCAAUUCUAAACAUAUUCUAAACAACUCGUAAAACCAUUGUUUGUGAUGUCAGUUCUAAAUAGAUGCUAAACAGCCCUUAAAAUCACUUAUUGUGAUGUCAAUUCUAAACAUAUCCUAAACAGCUCAUAAAACCAGUUUGUGAUGUCAAUUCUAAACAAAUAAACAGAUCAUGAAAUAAAGUUUUUGUGAUAUCAAUUCCAAACAUUCUAAACAGCUCAUAAAGCCAGUUUGUGGUGUCACUUAUAUACAUAUUAUAAACAGCCCAUAAAACCACUGUUUGUGGUGUCAAUUCUAAACAGAUAUCAAACAACUUUUUGUGAUGUCAGUUGUAAACAGAUGCUUAACAGCCCUUAAAACCACUUAUUGUAAUGUCAAUUCCAAACAUUCUAAAGAGCUCAUAAAAACACUGUUUGUGAUGUCAGUUCUAAACAGAUGCUAAACAGCACAUAAAACCAUUUAUUGUGAUGUCUGAAUCGUACAACCACUGGGAAAUGAACAUACAUAUCAUAUAUAUUGGCUUGCUAAACUGCGAGACAAUCGUAUCGUUCGUUCAUAAAAUGCCUUUGUUUUCAUCAUUUUUUUGGAGCUACUGUCAGUUCCAAUAUGUUGUGAUAAUGGUCUGUAAUACCUUCUGUGAUUCAGGAAAUUCGGAGGCGCUUUUCACCUUUCUGUAACCUGGAGAAUUCGGAGGUGUUUUUCUACUUUCAGUAACCCAGGAAAUUCGGAAGCAUUUGGUUUUUUACUUUCUGUAGCCUAGAAACUUGGAGGCACCUUUCUUCUUUCUGUAACCCAAUAAAUUCGGAGGCACUUUUUACUUUGUGUAACCCUAAACAUUAGGAGAUGCUUUUCUACUUUCUGUAACCCAGGAAAUUCGGAGAUGCUUUUCCACUUUCUAUAAUCCAGGAAAUUCGGAGAUGCUUUUCCACUUUCUAUAAUCCAGGAAAAUCGGAGAAGCUUUUCUACUUGCUGUAACCCAGGAAAUUAAUAGAUGCUUUUCUACUUUCUGUAACCCAGGAAAUUCAUAGAUGCUUUUCUACUUUCUGUAACCCAGGAAAUUCGGAGAUGCUUUUCUACUUUCUGUAACCCAGGACAUUCAUAGAUGCUUUUCUACUUUCUGUAACCCAGGAAAUUCGGAGAUGCCCUUUCUACUUUCCGUAACCCAGGAAAGAUGGAUGACAUCUUCUACUCGUUGUGACCCCCGCACGCUUCAACUUGCGAUAAUCUAUGAAAGUCGGAAUAUGGCUUUUAUUUUCUACAAACUACGCAAGUCAGAAACCUGCCUUCUGUAAAUUUAGUUUGAGACAUAUUGUUACGAGCAAUGUUGCAAUGUGAAGGUCAAAGGCUGGCUUUCACUUUUUGUCUCACCCAUGGCAGUAAAAUAUUAGUUAACAUUCUACAUUUGCCGAACUAGUCUUGACAGACGCCGACUAGGAAGGAUGUGUCGUUCCGGAGUUUGGUAGUCCUCCUAUAAGACAAAGCAUGUGGCAGUGAUCUGUGGUAGCAGUCACGACUUUGUCCAAACAUCCCUUAGACUCUGCCUUGCGCAGAGAUACGAUUUUGAUCGCGAGAAUUGUUUCGUUGUUUAGAUUAUGUAACUGACGAAGGACGAGGACGUGCUCGUGUAAUAUAUAAAUCGAGAAAUGUGGUGUUUUGACGAAAGCCCCUCAAGUCUGAAGUCUCAAACCAGAGAUUAAAAAUAAAAACAGGAAAAAAAGGACAAUACCCCCAAACCAGAUAUUAUUGUGAUCAUGUAAUAUUCUCAUUGUAUUUGUAGACUGUUGCGAUGUUGAUGACGAUUGAUGACGAUUGAUCGGUUUUGUCUUUUUAUAGAUUUUGAAAAAUGAAUAUUAUUAUUAAUUUUGUGAUUUAAUGAGAUUAAGAAACAAGUUUUAUUAAAGGGACAUACUCUAGAUUUUAAACAUUAAGGCAUAUUUUCCACCUAGACCCUAGUUUUAACCCGUAAAAAUGGACACUAAGUUUGGUUAAUGUACAAACCUGUAACAAAUU